UAUGAAUGGAAGAAGGACCAGGAUGAUGCAUUUAACCAACUGAAGCAAUACUUAAUUAAUGCUCCGAUCUUGCGCCAUCCCAAUUUUGAAAAGACGUUCAUAAUCCAUGCUGACGCCUCUG